AUGAAUGUAACCGUCACAGCUAUUGAAGCGGUUCUUCUACUCUGCGCUGGAAUGACCGCGCUUUUUGUCCUCUACUUCGUCGUCUUCUGGUGCUUCGCCUUCCCCAACCAGUCCGAGUUGCGGCGGCAGGAGAAGUCGAGGGCGGAUGAGGGACUGUCGACGUCGGAGCUUGAGAGACUGCCGAAACUUGCCGGAAAAGAUAUGACGGUGACGGGCAUGGAGUGUGCGGUAUGCUUGGAGGAGAUCGAAGGUGACGAACUGGCCAGAGUGGUCCCGGCUUGCAAUCACGCCUUUCAUCUAGAAUGCGCCGAUACUUGGCUGUCUAAGCACUCGGUUUGUCCUCUUUGCCGAGCUCCAAUCAGGCCUGAGUUUCAUUACACAUCUGAAAAUCUCUGCUGA